AUGGCACCUGUCACUCAGCUUGUGGUUUCAGGUCUUUUGGCCGCCAUAUUGGCUAAUGGUCAAUCUUUUGAUGGGGCUGGUCGAAGCGAAGAUGCUUUUAAUUAUGUACAGCCCAAGAACACAACUAUCCUGGGCCCUUAUGGACACUCGCCUGCUGUAUUUCCCUCGCCAAAUGCCACCGGAUCAGGUGAUUGGAAAAAGGCCCACGCUAGAGCCCAAGAAUUCGUGGCGAAGCUGACCGUAGACGAGAAAGCCGACAUGGUUACCGGCCAGCCGGGGCCGUGUGUGGGAAAUAUCGUCGCAAUUCCGCGACUCGACUUCCCAGGCCUUUGCUUGCAAGAUGGUCCCCUGUCAAUUCGAGUCGCUGACUAUGUUAGCGUCUUUGCUGCCGGUGUCACCGUAGCAUCAACAUGGGACAGAUCUCUCCUCUAUGAACGAGGAUAUGCUAUGGGAAAAGAAUUCAAAGCCAAAGGCGCUCACAUUGCACUCAGCCCUGUUGCCGGUCCACUCGGCCGCUCUGCCUACGCAGGCCGAAACUGGGAAGGCUUUGCUGCGGAUCCUUAUCUGACCGGCGUUGCUAUGGAGGAGACCAUCCGCGGCCAUCAAGACGCUGGCGUGCAGGCUACUGCUAAGCACUUUAUUGGAAAUGAGCAAGAAACUCAGCGUAACCCUAGUUACGACACCAAUGGAACUGUCACGGAUGUUAUCCAAGAAGCACUUUCCUCCAACAUUGAUGACCGCACUAUGCACGAGUUGUAUCUUUGGCCUUUUGCCAAUGCUGUUCGCGCUCAAGCUGCCAGCUUCAUGUGCUCAUACCAACGUCUGAAUGGUUCUUAUGCUUGUGAGAAUUCCAAGGCGCUAAACGGCCUGUUGAAGGAAGAGCUUGGUUUCCAGGGAUACGUCAUGUCCGACUGGGGUGGCACUCACUCUGGUGUCGCAUCGAUCGAGGGCGGUCUCGACAUGAAUAUGCCCGGUGGUCUUGGGCCCUAUGGCCAGGUCCCCGAAGCUGGCUCUUUCUUCGGCAAGAACGUGACGUAUGCUGUCAAUAAUGGGACUGUGGAUGAAUCUCGUGUCGAUGACAUGAUCGUCCGUAUCAUGACUCCUUACUACUGGCUAGGUCAGGAUAAGAACUACCCUAAAAUCGAUCCUUCAUCCGCUGAUCUGAAUACGUUCUCGCCUCGGUCAACUUGGCUCCGGGAGUUUAACCUCACUGGGGAGCGAAGCCGUGAUGUCCGCGGAAACCACGCUAAGCUGAUCCGCAAGCUUGCAGCCGAGGCUACUGUCUUGUUGAAGAAUGAGAAGCAGGCCCUUCCAUUGAAGGCUCCUAAAAACAUCGCCAUCUUUGGCAACGAUGCAGGCGAGAACACUAUGGGUGCUGUCAAUCAAGCAACCUUUGAAUUUGGCAACCUCGCGUCCGGUGGCGGCUCGGGUACCGGCCGAUUUACCUAUCUCGUCUCCCCACUCGAGGCCAUCAAGACCCGUGCUCAGAAGGACAAGACUCUCGUACAAUACUUUUUGAACAACACCCAGAUUGCGACCAGUAGCGUCACUGACCUUUGGGUCCCUACAGUUCCCGAUGUGUGUCUUGUCUUCCUCAAGACCUGGGCUGAAGAAGGAGCCGAUCGCGAGAACCUGAAAUUCGACUACAACGGCAACGAAGUUGUCGCUUCCGUCGCCAGGUCAUGCAACAAUACAGUCGUGAUUACUCAUUCCUCCGGAAUCAACAUUCUCCCCUUCGCUAACCACCCCAACGUCACUGCUAUUCUCGCCGCACAUUACCCUGGCCAGGAAGCCGGUAACUCCAUCGUGGACGUACUUUAUGGUGACAUUAAUCCUUCCGGCCAUCUUCCUUACACAAUUGCUAAGAACACUACCGAUUACAACGCCCCACCCACCACCGAAGUGUCCACCAAGGGCCCGGACGACUGGCAGUCUUGGUUCGAUGAGAAGCUCGAGAUUGACUACCGCUAUUUUGAUGCUCAGAACAUCUCCGUGCAAUAUGAAUUUGGUUUCGGUCUCUCAUACACAACCUUCAGUCUCUCGAAUCUCACUGCUAAGCACGUGGCUGACUCCAUCUCCUCUAUUCCCAAAGACCAGCCCGUCCAGCCCGGUGGAAACCCAGCUCUUUGGGAAACUAUCUUCAAUGUCACCGUCUCGGUGAGCAACUCUGGUGACACCGAGGGUGCAGCUGUUCCCCAGCUGUAUGUCACAUUCCCGGAUAGUACACCCGACGGAACGCCGCCUAAGCAGCUGCGCGGGUUUGAGAAGGUACAUUUGGGUCCUGGCGAGUCUCGUCUUGUUGGAUUUGAGUUGAUGCGCAGGGAUUUGAGUUAUUGGGAUAUUGUUUCUCAGAAGUGGCUCAUUCCUGAGGGUGAAUUUACUCUUCGGGUUGGACUCAGCAGUAGGGACCUGAAGGAGGUCGCUAAGGUUACUCCUGUUCGUGCUUAA